CGAAAAUUAUUCUAAUUUAUAAUAAGAAAUUUCAAACACUGUUUAGCAAGUGCAUUUAACUCGUUUUUAAACCAAACAAAGCUGUUUUCGCAAGAAUGGAAUCGCUUGAUAUAAUCGCGAACCGUAUCGAAAACCUUAACCAGUUACUUGGCCCCGUCCCGUCAGCAGACGCCCAAGGGGAAAAUCUAACAGAUGCUGUGCUAUCGGCGGUUUCGUUUCUCCCAUCGGCCAGCACCGGCCAUCUGGCCGACGGUAGUAAUCGGGAUAAAAUUUUGGAAACCUUCCAGCGAAAGGAUGAGCUAGAAUCCUAUCUGGAUCCAUCGUACCUGGACGAGAAGCAGGAUAUCAAGGCGAAGGAAAUCUAUAUCAACACGAUUGCGAACGAUCUGGCGGGGACGUUCGAAACGCUGCAAAAGAUAAAGACGCUGGAACCGACGCUGGGAGCGGAAUAUUUUCGCAAUUUGCCGGACGUUAGCGAUCAGUUGAAAACGAUGACGACGGCAACGGCCGAGCAGAAGCAGGCCAACGAUUUGCUGGAGGAAAGCUUGGUCAUUGCGAUGCAACGCUACAGCGAGAUUCAGGCUGGCAUCAAGGACUCGUUGAAAGCGAUGACCGACCGGUUAGACAAGAUAGAGAAUCGGCUGCUGGAGCGGAAGAAGGAGGAUAAGGAUAUUUGAGGAGCAGGUCUCGCGCGCGUUCAGCGGUAAGGUGCAUUAUUUAUUUAUAUGAAGCGUAUAAUGAAAGCAAGUAGGUAUAUAUUCUUCAUUUA